AUGAUCGCUGGUGGGAAGAGUAAUGUGCUCGUGGUGGUGCUGAUAUGCGUGCUGUUUGGUACUUUCCAGCUUUUGAUGGGCACUGGUGAACUGCACAGUGGUGGUAUGGGGUCGGUAGUGCGACCUGAGCCCGAGAAUCACAGAAGUAAUGACAGAGUACGAGUAAAGAAAGUGUUCAACCCUGAUGCAAGCUUGUCUGUGCCUUUUCUCGACAAGAUCAAUAAGUAUUGGCACAUAGGUGGCACUGCUGAAGUGAGAAAUAUGAAGUCUAUCAUGCUGACCUCUGCAGGACAGUCAGGCAAGCAUGGUGUUGUGCUCUCGAAUGGUAUCGGUGACAACACGAUUACUGAUUUUGAGAUAGUGGUGGAUUUUAGGAUAUAUGGGCGUGAACAAAGACAGAGUUCACAUAUAGGCGAUGGCAUGGCAAUUGUCAUUACCCCCGAGAAUGGAUUUCUGGUCCGGGACUUGGUCUCAUCGUUUUCCCGCAAGCAGUAUGAAAUUAACUCUGGAGGUGUCCAUGCCAAGAAUGUAGAUUUGAUGGGUCUGCCCAAUAACCUUCCGGGCUUGGCAUUAGUCUUUGAUACUUACAAGAAUAACUACAGAACAGAUGUUGAAAUCCCGUACCUGGAUCUUAUCCUCAAUACAGACCCACAAAAGGAUAUGUACUCGGUCAACACUGACAACCUUGAGUCCACAUCAAAGAAGUUAACACCAAAGCAUAUUAAACUCCACCCAUCAACUAUCAAAGGGGAUAUCACAAAGCUUAGAAUUAUAUAUUCUGAGACCAUAGGAUUCUUGAAAGUGGAUAUCCAAUACCAAAAGGAAGGAGACUAUUGGAUUGAACUAUAUCAAAGUAAUGAAAAAAUAUACCUACCAAAAAAUAAGUCCAGCGGGCAACGUUUUAUCGGUAUAUCAGCACUUACUGGUGAUGCAACAGAAAAUGUUGAGAUUCUAGGAGUAUCUACCAAUGAAUACCACUGGAAUAGUAAUGAAAGGGAAAUUCAGGAUUCAACAACAAAUGAUAAUUUACCACGCUCUUAUGAAUACGCACAAGCGCUAAAAAACUAUCUCUUAAAUGAAUUUGGCCAUCGUAUAGCCUUGGAAAAAGAUGACUAUACAAGGUGGAAGAUGAAAAUGGCUCAACCAAACUAUGAAAAUGAUUUGAAUGACAGAGUAGAAAAUCAACAUGUAAAUAAUAACAAACAUCAAAGUAAAUCUUCUUCAAGGUAUAUUAUAUUACUGUUGUUUUUGGUUUUGAUAUACAUUAGCUCAGUGUAUAUAAGAGUUACCAAAAAGCAUUUGAGAAGAUUAAAACGGAGAAGAGCCACAUCACAAACCUUACUGCCUACGUAG